AUGCAGUUUCAGUGUUUCCUGUUCAACCUGCGCACCCACCAGUGGUGCUUCCUGCUCUUCAACCUGCUGCUGGUCCACGCUCUGCUGUUCGGAGGCGACUUGGUGGAGGAGUACCUUCUGCAGCCGACACCCGGGGUGUACACCGAUGGCAAGGUGGUGGAGGUGCGAGAGAAAGCCCGGAAGCUGGAUCUGAGUGGCUCCAGGGAAAACGUGUCUCAGGCGUACGCCAUCACAAACCCCAACGCUUGCCGGAACUCUGACCUCUUUCUGCUUGCUCUGGCCUUCAGUUCCGAUGCCUCCCAGAGGGAUGCGGUCCGCAGGACCUGGGCCAACCAGACCGAUGUUAAAGGAUUUCCAGUUCGGGUUCUUUUCUUUUUAGGAUCAGCUCAUACGUCAGCAGAGCAAAGGGCCCUCAUGGACGAAUCCGCCCACUAUGGGGACAUGAUUCAGGGACACUUCAGCACCGACUCCUCCAUCCAUGGACAAACUGAACGGACCAUUCUGGCUCUCCGGUGGAUCAUCGCCUUCUGUCCCGUGGCGAGAUUUGUCCUUUUCACACAGGACUCUGUGUUUGUCAACCUAUCUGCCAUCGGCGCAUUCUUGCUGGCUCUUCACAGGCAUCCAGAAGAUCUUUACCUGGGUCGAGUCAUCCAGCGAGAGUCCCCUGACAGGAACCCUUCUAGCUCCAGUUACAUGCCCGCCAGCCUCUACCCCGACAAGUACCUGCCUGAGUACUGCGAAGGGACAGCCUAUGUUGUUUCCCAAGAUGUAGUACGGAAAGUCUACAUUGCAUCGCUGGAUUUCGGGGCUCCAGUGCCAGCAGAUGUUUUUGUGGGCUUCUGCGCUCAGAGAGCAGGCGUGGCACCGACUCACAGCGCCAGGUUUUCAGGAGGGAGGCACUUUCGCUACAACGUCUGCUGCUAUCGCCACCUGUUCAGCUCCGCUGGAAUGAAGAGUCAGGAGCUGGAGAAGGUUUGGGAGGACCUGAAGAGGAAUGAUGGAGGAUGCUCGCUCCUGCAGACGUACUCCGGACUGGUUACCUGCAAAGCCCUUACAUACCUGGACAAGCUUUCCUUCUUCAACUCCGAGGAGGGAGGUUAA